AUGUGUUCCAAGCUUGUUUUGACUGUCAAGUUUGGGUUUCUCAUUCAGGAACGUAACAAGAGAGGUCUCGAGGAAGACAUUGCUAUCUCUCGUGUUGAGCAGAUAAGCCCAUUCCCUCUAGACUUAAUAAGGGCUGAGCACCAAAAGUAUGACAAUGCAGAGAUUGUGUGGGCGCAAGAAGAGCCCCAGAACAUGGGGUACUGGACUUAUGUUCAGCCACGCCUUGUAACCUCUGUUGGAAACAAAGUUAAGAUCAGCUAUGCUGGUCGCCCGCCAUCUGCAUCAACUGCAACUGGCAACAAGCAUCACCACAAUUCCGAACAAGAAGACCUCAUAAACCAAGCUUUGGAUUAAAUGUUCAUGACACCAUAUUGAAAUAUUGAAAGUAAAACUGACAGCUACAAUUGAUAUAAAAUAGAGACACACAAUGGUCAACCUUAGUUUUACUUGGCCAGUCGUUUUUUCCUUUUAUAUUUAACUUCAGCAUAUGAUACUAUAAUUUGAUCAAUUGUUUUUCUACAAACUGAGAAAUACUACAUAACAAUAGGGAAUUUUAUUGGAGGAGUGAAAGAAUAGUAAAUGUAUAGACUAAAAGCAAGACUAUGGUCCUUGAACUACACUAGCCUGUGAAGUGUAAUCCCACUAUUUUACUUCAAAGAAAUCAAAUAAUUUCAAAGUUAUUAGCCUGUAUAACACCUUCACAUGGCUGACCAGUGAAUCAAAAUCAAUAUUAUUCUGCAGAUUAGGGAAAUAGCAUUUUUUAUUUUCAUGAAAUGAUAUCUGUAAAAUGCACUAAAUAAAUAAAAGAAUUCUUUGAUA